AUGGGUACAGACGAUGCGCAGCAUCUGGGCCUUCAGACCUGUCAGAGCUCAGUGGCAGUGGCAUCCCCGGGGAUGGAAACUGCAGAGACAGGAACCCCAAAUCAGUCUCUGGUCCCCAAUCCUGAGAAGGGUCGCCUCUUCAGAGGAUUCGGGACAGGAGAAGAAAUGGAGAAGCUCAGACCACAGCAGUCCCAGGAAGGGUGGAAGGAGGAGGCAAGGAUUCCAGAAACUGAAAAAGGCCUGGCGGGUUUGGCUGCCAUCUGCUCGGAUGUGAGGUCCUCUCGGGUCCCCACUCAGGGGGCCAGUGCCCCACCUGCUGUCAUCCACCUCACCCAGCCCCGAGACCCCCCAGGCCGCUGCACAGGAAAACCCCGUCUGAUGCGGGCGUGUGUCCCCAUGUCUCCUGCCACCAGCCUACAGGGAAAGGGCCGGAGGGUCUGGAGAACCUUGCUCCUGCUUCUGCUGCUGCUGCCACUGCUGAUCCCAGGCUCGUGGGCACUACCGGAGGCUCACCAUCUUCACCGAGUGGCGGGGCAGACGCUCUCUGUGACAUGCCAGUACCCCCCCAAGGGCUGGCCCUACGAGAGGAAGGGCUGGUGUAAGGAGCUGUCAGCGUUCAAGUGCACCAGGCUAGUCACCAGCUCCAGUCCCGGCAGACUGGUUCAGGCCUCUCGAUUCUCAAUCUGGGACAACCCUAGCACCGGCGUCUUCACUGUCACCAUGACUGGUCUGAAGGAGGAAGACUCAGGACACUACUGGUGUAGAAUCUACCACGUUUCCAGCAACUCUGUCUCUAAGUCCAUAAGAUUCUAUCUUGCAGUGUCUCCAGCUCGUGCCUCCACACAGGCCAUCCAGGCUUCCGGUGAGCUGGUCUCAUCACCGACCCAGAGCUCUGUGCCCCCCACUGGAAGAGUCAGGGUGGCCUCCGGGGCUUCCUCUGCCCUCACCGCCCCUUCACAGCAACAAAACUCCACCCUCCAGUCUCACCCUGCAGCCCCCAGUGCUCUGGUCCCCAUGCUCUGUGCACUGCUUGUGGCCAAGAGCCUGGUGCUAUCAGCCCUGCUUGUCCGGUGGGACAUGCAGUGGAAAACACUGAUGGAACUCAGGAGUCCAGAUGCCAGUAAAGCUACCUGCCACUUUCAUAUCGUCCUUGGCCACCGAGCGGCGGUGCGGGACCACAGUGCCGGUCUGCGCACAACCAGACUCACUCUGCGGAAAGAACCCCGCAGCCUGAAGAGCGGCGGAAUUGGAGCGUCGGGGAGACUAUGUCUUACCCUCCUGUGCCAGGGUUGCCCUCGAUCCGACUCUCCAGCGUCUCCACAGCCGGUAAAGGCCCAGCCAUCGUGCCGGCGGAGAGCAAAGCCUCUGGGCGCUACAGAGGUUCCAAGGGGAGGCGGGCGGUUCCGGCCCAGGGCGGCCCGAGCCUCCGGAGAUUCCCGGUUAGGGUCACAGGAUACGCGCCGAGCAACACCGGCCUGGAGCACCGCGCUCUCCCGACGGCGGGAGGAAGGCGAAGAGCAAGAGGGGCCCGCGCGCGGCCGUAGUGGGUGUUGGCCAGACCCGGGAGGCAAACCGCGUGGAGAGAGGGCGCGGCGGGAGGAUAGCGGAGAGCAGCCGGCUCCGGAACGUUUGACUGCGAGCCCCGGCGGUUGUGCGCGCGAGUAA